ACAGCCAAUCGCGUGACGACUUAUUGAUUCGGCGCAAAUUCUUGUUUCUGAUGUUUUCAUAUUAUUCCCACGGCUCUCACAGAAGAACUAAUGAUGUAGUUUAGUGUUUGGUUGUAAAUUCAUGAAUAUCGGCAGACGUGAGGACGGUUAAACACAGUAAAACCCGCUGUCAUUGUGGCGUUUGUCCUAGAGCUAUGCUAACAAAAACAACAGAGCUUUAAUGCAGACAGAGCUAAAGCUAGCGUUAGCGCGCAGACAGAGCCAUGGCGGGUUUACCUCAAAAUAACCUCCUGGAACAACUCGCAAAACACAGCAGUGCAAACCAGAGCAGGCUGUCUUUGGCCAAACCUAAAGCGGGAAAUUUUAGUUUCAAGAAGAAGUCCUUGACAGGAACAACAAAAGUUGAAAUCCCAGCAAAGAUUGAGAAGUCUCAAAAUGUCAAAAUCAACAACUUCUUUCCAAAAAACAAGUUGGACCCCACUCCAUCACCGCUACAGCCUGUUGUUCCUGUUAAGUCAACUGACCCUCAGCCCUCAAUUCUUGAUACAUCCCUGUCAUUUCCUACGGACGACUGGGAUGAUAUUGAUGAUUUUGAACCUCCUGCUAAAUCGAAAAACAGCCCUGAAGUAUCGGGGAAAAAAUGCACUUCUGUUUCAGCCUUAACUGAAGAGAAACGGGAGAGCCUUGUCACACUGCCCGACACUAGAAAAGAAAUAAGUACUGCAGCAAAAAUGGACAAGGAACCACUUUCACCGGCUCUCAGUCUGACAGAGGACCUUUUCGAUUAUGUAAUUGAUUCUCCAGUGAAAAAGAAAAAAACACCUCCUGCUAUUCGUAAGCCUGUUGUGAGCGAAAGUGAAGAGGACAAUGAUGAUAUAUCAGAGUCCGCUGGAGCUGUAUCAGACGAUAAGAGUAAACUGGCUCCAGUUAAAGUUAUUGAAGUCAUUGACGACUCUGAGACUGACGACCAUUUGGAUUACGUUGCUCCAUCUCCAAGUCCUGUGAAAAUCCUACCUAAUUUCACAAAGACGCUUGAAAGCAGACCUAAGGAUGCUCUGAAAAAUGGAUUUGAACCAACACAGCCAAAAAGACAAACUACAGUUGUACCAGAACCUACUGAAGAUCACUCAAAAGACCAGAAUGAUGAGCUGUACAGUAUUAUGGAAUGCAUUUGUUCUCUGGUGGACACCAUCCCAGAGCAUGAACUCAUUGCUCUGUCCUGUGGUAAUGAGCUGCUGAUUAAGAGGGCGCUAAGGAAAAGAAUUAUUGCAACUGGUGGUGGUCGGGACACGUUAUAUAAGAGCCAGCAGCCAGAUAGUACUGUGCUUUCUGAAUCCAGCUUCAAAGAAAAAUCCCCAGUCAGCACACCUGCAAGUGGUUCUGCUCCUGUUCGGUUUAAAAGAUCAUCAGUCAUCUCUGUGGACUAUGACUCGGAUCCUUCUGAUAGUGUUAUUGAAUCCAAACCUCUACAAAACCAAACCAAAAGACCAGCAUUUGUUGAAGAAAUAGUAUGUGAUUCUCCAUCUUCACACAGGCCCCCAACGCAGACUUUCCCCAAGACAUCCAGCAUAGACUUGGAGGAUCCUGAUGUCUUCUUUACUCUAAAGAAGCCAUCAGAUGUUACACAGAGCAGUGGAAAAAGGACAGAGUCAGCGAUGGACAACUUUGUACCUGAUGACUUUGAUGACGACUUUGACAUUGAUGACUUGAAUGACUCGGAUAUCCCAGAAUAUUUUGAUGAACCAACAAGCUCCUCUGUGUCAGGCCCUAGUUCUAGACCUGUUAAUACUAGUAUUAAAGAGGGGAGUACAAGGCAGUCCUCAUGGGAGAAAAAUGCCCCCACACCAGCUCCAGUACCGAAGCAGGCUAAAAUAUUUUCUCCAGAACCCACUUUCAGAAACCCAGCCCAUGACCGGUUUAGAGGCUACAACUUCUCACAUUCUCAAGAGAUGAUGAAAAUCUUUCACAAAAGGUUUGGGCUUCACCAGUUCAGGUUCAACCAGCUGGAGUCUAUCAACGCGACUCUUCUGGGUGAAGACACCUUUAUUCUGAUGCCCACCGGUGGUGGUAAAAGUUUGUGCUACCAGCUCCCUGCCUGUGUCUCACCUGGGGUCACAGUCGUCAUCUCCCCUCUCAAAUCUCUCAUUGUAGACCAGGUCCAAAAGUUGACUACCCUAGAUAUUCCUGCCACAAGCUUAAGUGGAGACAAAAAUGAGAGUGAGGCAGCAAGGAUCUACAUGCAGCUCUCCAGAAAAGAUCCCAUUGUGAAGUUGCUCUAUGUUACUCCUGAGAAGGUUAGUGCCAGUAACAAGUUGAUUUCCGCUCUCCAAAACCUUUAUGAACGAGCACUCUUGAGCCGGUUUGUUAUUGACGAAGCUCAUUGUGUCAGCCAGUGGGGCCAUGACUUCCGUCCAGAUUACAAACGGUUACAUGAGCUCCGUAUAAAAUUCCCCAAUGUCCCCAUGAUGGCUCUUACUGCUACUGCCACUCCUCGAGUCCAGAAAGACAUUCUCAACCAGCUGAAUAUGACCAAACCGCAAGUGUUUACAAUGAGUUUCAACCGAGCCAAUCUAAAGUAUUCUGUCCUACCCAAGAAGCCCAAAAAAGUCGAUGAAGACUGCAUAGACUGGAUCAAGAAGCAUUAUCCACGUGAUUCAGGAAUCAUUUACUGUCUGUCCCGGAAUGACUGCGAUGCUCUGGCGGAGAGUCUACAGAGAGCAGGAAUAUUGGCUAUGUCCUACCAUGCAGGUCUGAGUGAUGGUGACAGGGAAUAUGUCCAAACCAAGUGGAUCAAUCAAGAUGGCUGCCAGGUCAUCUGUGCCACCAUUGCCUUCGGGAUGGGUAUCGAUAAACCUGAUGUGCGCUACGUCAUCCAUGCCAGUCUACCCAAGUCUAUGGAGGGCUUUUAUCAGGAGUCAGGAAGAGCGGGCCGAGACGGAGAAAUGUCCCAGUGUAUUCUCUUCUACUCCUACUCCGAUGUGCACCGCAUCAAGAGGAUCAUCGGCAUGGACAGGGAAGGAGACAGACACUCCAAGGCUACUCAUUACAACAACCUCCAGAGUAUGGUACAGUUCUGUGAAAAUGCCAUGGAGUGCCGCAGAACUCAACUGUUGGCUUAUUUUGGGGAGCUGAACUUCAACAGGAACUUCUGUAAAGAGCAUUCUGAUGUGAGCUGUGACAACUGCACAAGACCUAAUCAAUUCAAGAUUCGAAAUGCGACAGAGGAUGUGAAGAAUAUUGUAAGAUUUGUCCAGGAGAAAUGUGAAAAAGUUGGGCAAAGAUAUGGCAAAACCUCUGGGCAAACGCGGUUGACCCUGAACAUGCUGGUGGACAUUUUCAUAGGGGCUAAAGCUGCUAAAAUCCAGUCAGGUCUGUUUGCAAAGGGAGCAGCUUACUCCAAGCACAACGCGGACCGUCUGUUCAAAAAAUUGGUUUUAGAUAAUAUCUUGGUUGAGGACCUCUACAUCACCAACGGUGGCCAGGCUGUAUCUUACAUAUCAGCUGGUCCGAAGGCUAUGAACGUGCUGUCCGGACACAUGCAGGUGGACUUCUAUGAGACUGAGAGUGUGUCCAGCAUGAGAAGACAGAAGGCCGCUGUGACAAAGAGCGUGUCGAAGAGAGAGGAGAUGGUGGAGCAGUGUCUGAAAGAGCUGACCGAUCUGUGCAAGGACCUGGGCAAAGCCUUCAGCAUUCACUAUUACAACAUCUUCUCUACAGCCGCACUCAAAAGGAUUGCUGAGAAGCUAUCCUCUGAUCCAGAAGUCCUCCUUCAGAUUGAUGGUGUAACUGAAGAUAAACUGGAGAAAUAUGGAGCUGAAGUCAUUAAAGUUCUACAGAAGUACUCAGAGUGGCAGCUUCCUGCAGAGGAACAGCCAAAUGCGAAUGGAGAUGGAUGGAUAGACACAAGUCGAGGACGCACAAAUUCCAACUUUAAUUUUGAUGAUGAUGAUUACGAGGAGGAAGCAGAGUCCUCCACUUACUUUAAUAAAAGAGCUGGACAAGGCCAAAAGAGGAAAAAGGCGCCGUUUUUCAAAUUCUCCAAGAAACGAAAAGGAUACAGCGGCUCUAGUGGGAACUCCAAAGGUCGUGGGCGUGGCUACAGCAGCAGCGGCGGCGGCAGUAACAAGUCCUCCUCCAGCUCCAGAGGUGGAUCCUGGGCCUCAAGUGGAGAAACCGGAGGCAGAAGACCCGGUUUUUUAGCGGUUCCCACUCCACAGACUGGUGCACGACCAUUUUUAAAACCUACAUUUUCACAUUUCACAUAAUGUCUAUUCACUAAUGUUGUAUUUAAUGUAUAUAACUUAAUUUGUACAUUUCAUUUUUCA